AUAGUAAUCCUACUCAUUUAAAAAAAAAAAAUUUAAGUUAGACCAAAUCCAAAUUAUCUGCAGCGUAGAAAGAAAUCAGUAAUACCCUAUAUCCCCUCCGCCAUUGGAGCUAACCCAUAAUCUAACAACUCUCUCUCCAAUUCUCUCUCUCUUCAAACCCUAUGGCGAUCCACAGAUUUAUACUCGUGUCUCUUCUUUUGAUCCUAGGGUUUAUAUCAAACACCGCCCAAUCACUCCGGUUCGAUCUCCAAUCGGGCCACACCAAGUGCAUAUCUGAAGACAUCAAGACCAAUGCCAUGACUGUUGGAAAGUACACAAUUGUCAACCCCAGCGAAGGCCAUCCCUUGCCCGAUUCUCACAAGAUCACCGUUAGGGUGACAUCGCAGUACGGGAAUAGCUAUCAUUAUGCGGACCAUGUGCCGUCUGGACAGUUUGCUUUCCAGGCAUCGGAGGCCGGGGACUACAUGGCUUGCUUUUGGGCAGCUGAUCACAAGCCGCAAGCAACAAUCACAGUUGACUUUGAUUGGAAGUCUGGUGUGGCUGCUAAGGAUUGGACCAACGUGGCUAAGAAAGGCUCAAUCGAUGCCAUGGAAAUAGAGCUGAAGAAAUUAUAUGAAACAGUUUCAUCGAUUCAUGAUGAGAUGUAUUAUCUCCGUGAAAGGGAAGAAGAAAUGCAGGAGCUUAACAGAACAACCAAUUCCAGAAUGGGUUGGUUGAGUUUCCUUUCGUUUUUUGUUUGCAUAUCGGUGGCAGGCUUGCAACUAUGGCACUUGAAGACCUUUUUCGAAAAGAAGAAGCUUAUAUAAGUCUAGCAUCGGUCUUCUUUUGCAGUUUUUAGUCAUGUACAAUUUUAUGUCGCUGUCAUUUACAACAAACAUUUUAUGUCUAAGUCUGAUGAUUUGAGUUACACAUAGUAAAACAUGAGCGAAGAACAUUGAACUGGGAUGCCAUUUCGCCCUUGGUUUGGUUUUUCUCCUAGAGAGUGCUAAAAAUGCCCUUAGUAAAGAUAUGAGAAGAAAUUGGAGAGAAUAAAACUGGGAAAAAAAUAUUGCUUCU